UGUGUGUGUGUGUGUGUGAGAGAGAGGGGGGGGGGGGGGGGGGGUUCCAGACGAACUCUACACUGUGUUGACAAAAUAUUAUCACAAUUACAGUAAAACCUGCAACCUACCUUGUUGGACUUUUUAUAUAUGUAUGUAUUUUUUAUUGAUUUUGGUUAGGGGGUAGAAUAUAAAGUGUGUGCAGUGUAUAAUAUCAGUGAAGACUCCUCAAAAAACACGCAUGCACAUCUUUUCUUCUGCCUUUUUUUUCAAUAGAUAUGCCAAAUAUUACCUAAAAAUAGAACAGGGUUAUUCAAAUCUUUCCCUGGAGAGCCAGUGCACUGCAGAGUUUAGCUCUAACCCUAAUCAAACACACCUGAGCCUGUUAAUCAAUGUCUUUGGGAUCAUUAGAAAAUCACAUGUAUAGGUGUGUUUGAUCAGGGUUGGAGCUAAACUCUGCAGUGCACUGGCUCUCCAGGACAAGAUAUGAAUAGCCCUGAUAUAGAAUAUAGAAAACAAACAUCCAAAGUACACUCAUAUUAUGUAACCAUCAAAACAUUGAUUUUACUGUAAAAGUUGCAUUUGUCCUUUUAAAUAAAUGAAUAUUAACCAAAAUAGACACUAUACAGAAUUUGCAGAGUCGAUUCUGCUACAGCUUGCUAGAGGGCGACAAUCACUACAAAAAUAUAGAUAAUUCAAGACGCAUGGAGACUUUUAUUGUGUAAAUAGCGUGUAAAGUCACUCUUGUUAAAGCAGAAAUCUGCACACUCGUUUCGAUAAAAUAAUUUCAGGCUAAGUGGUCGUGGAGAUGUGCUUGUUGCUCGGUGCAACUGGAGUUGGAAAAACGCUUUUACUAAAUCGACUACAGAAUAUCCUUCAAUUCAGCAGCUGUUUACACAAACUGGAUAUGGCUUCUUUAUCUGGAGUUGCACGCGAACGCGCAUCUGGGCAAGUAGGGGUCGGUACCAACCUCACAGACCUCAUACUCAGGAGGAGGAAGAUAACAGUAGGAGAGUUGGGAGGCUGUAUGGAGCCCAUUUGGCCAAAAUACUACGUAGAUAGCACAUCUGUUAUAUUUGUGGUGGACUGUUCCAACGUCGUCCAGAUCUCUUCUUCUUGCGUCCAGCUGCUGUCCGUUCUCUCUGCGGAGCCGCUGCAGUCUGCGCUGUGCUCGUACUCUUCAACACACUCACUCUCGAGCAUGUUAUCACUCCACACCCUCACAAUACAUGAUAGAUAUGGAGCGGAGUACUGCAGGGUCACAGUAAACAAACAUCAGACAAAUGUGGAGAUGCACAACCGGUGGAAGAAUCUAGAGCGGAUCUACAGAUGUGUUUUCUAAAAGAUUAAAAUUUCAGUGCCAUGUUAUUAGAAAAGUGUGAGGCAUUGCAAGAGAUGUUCAGACAUCAUCAUCUACUGAAUGUUUAUAUAGAAAAACAAUGCAGAGAAAUCUGUGCAAACAACCCUAUGUGAUCUGUGAUUAUAUUAUAGACCAUAUGAGACAU